AUCAAGAGUUCAAUCUCAUGCUUCAGAUGUGAUAUUUGCUGCAGAGAUGACUUGAUUGUUAAUAGAUAAUCUGUCACGCACUUGAACUUUGUUUCUUCAAACACAGACGGAACACAACAUCCAAAAUAACACUUCUCUUCUCUAUAUGAGGUGAAACUGCAGAAAAUGGAUCUCAGAGUUGUUAUGACGCUCAUUUCUUUGUCUAGUUUUCUAUACACCUUUCAAACUCAAGAGUCCAAAACUCCCGACGUGACUGACCUGUCCUUCAGAAACAUGGACUUUGCUAUGAACCUGUAUCGCAGAAUAUCCCGUCAUCACGACAAUAACAUCGUCUUCUCGCCGCUAAGUGUCUCCGUGUCCUUGGCGACGCUCUUACUGGCGGCGGGGGGCUCAACGCGUGCUCAGAUCGCCGGCGGACUCAAUCUGGCGUCUCUAGAUGAUGAUGAUGAAGUUAUUCCACAACUCUUCCAGGAUCUGCUGAGCAAUAUUUCCCUCAUACAGCAAAACACAGCGCUGUUCGUGGACCACAGGUUUGACCUGGAGCAGGUCUUCAGCCAUCAGGUGAAGCGAUUCUUCGGCGCUGACGUCAUCGCCGUGGAGUUUGGAAAGACUGAUGUCGGCAGGAACGUCAUCAAUGACUACAUCAGCAAGAAAACUGGCGGUAAAGUGCGUGAGAUGGUGAAGAGCGUGGAGCCGCUGACGCAGAUGAUGCUGAUCAACACCGUCUUCUUUAAGGGUGACUGGCAGCGUCCCUUCGACCCCAACAGCACUGAAGCCGGUCGCUUUUACGUAGACAAGUACAACAUCGUCCAGGUUCCGCUGAUGUUCGCCGAGGAUAAAUUCUUCACAACGGUAGACAGCGAUGUGGGUGCUCGCGUGCUGCGGCUGCCAUAUCGAGGCGGUGCGUCGCUGCUAAUCAUCCUGCCCGACGCAUCUGUGGAUUACACCGCCAUAGAGGACGAACUCACUGCUGACAGAAUCUUCAGAUGGAUAAAAAACCUGAAACCAGUGAAGAUGGAGGUCCACGUGCCCAAGUUUCAGCUGGAGCAAAGAUACGACAUGUGUGAACUUCUGCCACAUCUUGGAAUCAGCAGUGUGUUUCUGGACUCGGCCAACCUCACAGGUGAUGCAUACAGCCGUGAUGGACGUGGACGAAGCAGGCACGACUGCCGCUUCAGUUACAUCGGCGGGCAUCACCACUUACUCUUUACCCGCCACAUUCCGAGUGGACCGACCCUUCUUUUUCUUCCUGUAUCAUGAAGCCUCUCGCAGCCUACUGUUCAUGGGCAGGGUCAUCGAUCCCACCAAGAACUCUCAAUAAACGUGGACGCAAGUGAAGCGCCUUCUGUUGCUUGUUUUAGGGAUGAAAGUGAGUCGCUGCAGAAGAACGAUCAGACGUGGAUAUAAUAAAUAAUAAAUCACAAAUAAUAAAUCACAUUAAAGUCGCUUCACCAUACAGACAAGAAAUAAAGUCAGAUGAUUGUCCUUC